AUGUUUCUAGAGGCUUUAGGGAGGAGUUUCUUUAAUUUUUUAGGCAAACAAUUAGAAGAAUAUGUAUCGAAAUUACCGGUUCGGGUGAUAGUUCUCCGGACGGGCAAACGGUCGGGUCUAAUACGGGCCCGACUUAUAGGCGCUAAGGAAGCCAAAGGACAAGUCAUUACUUUCUUAGACGCUCACUGCGAGUGUACGAAGGGAUGGCUCGAACCACUUCUCUCCAGAAUUGUUGAGGACAGAUUACAAAUGGAGAGCAUUUAA